AUGGGAACCGUGGAGUGCCUUUUUAUGUACAAGGAGCAUAAGAAAAUAAUACGUGUUGGCGGAGAUCGGCGUAUCAACGAUGUCCGGGACGCCUUUCUGAGGUCGGAACUGGGAAGUGCUGUACCGCCGGGUUCAUCACUAAUUAUACAGCUCUACAGCAAGAAAUUUUCAGAGUAUGUUGACAUGGAAGACAGCGACCUUAUAGAGGACCUCGACAAACUUAAUGUCGUUCUGAAAGUUAGCUCACACGAGGAGGCAGGGGGCUCAUCCGAGGCACUUCAUGUUGUCACGGAGCAAACUGUUGCACAAGCUUCUGGACCGUACAGGCUUCCUGAACCUACGUACGAUGUCCUUCAGUGUAUUAAAGAUGUGCAGCAGACAAACAUCACCCCUGACCUUCGCAACAGACUUGUUAAAUGGCUCCAUGCCGACAUUUUACGAUAUGACCUAUACCCAGGUCGCAAGAAUCUCUACUACGAAGCUGCCCGCCAGCUAGUGUUUGCAUACCCAGUGCUAAAAGAUGCGGCAGGAAGUGGCUUUAAUGCACAAACUUUUGUGGAACAGUCAAGUGAUGAUGACAAAUUCCCUGAGAGACGAGCAUGGUUGCAAAAUGAUGCACCAGCUGUGCAGGAGGUGGUGCAACGGUAUCCAACACUAGGAACUGCCACUGGGGUUCAUGACGAGUUCAUGCGGCUCACUGGGAAAGAUCCAGAAAAAGAGUUUCUCGAAUUUAUUAACACAAAGGGAGAACGCAUUAUGAAGCUCGCGAGACAGAAAAAGAGCACAGCGAGGGUGAUGUCACUUAUAAAUGACAAGCUCAGUCAGUCAUCAAGUCUGGAUACACAGAAAUAUUGCUACUCAGUGGGAGUUGUCCAUGCCAUCGCACAUCUAUUGAAAGAAAGUGCAAGUGAUAUCUUUACCAUGGAGGACACAGCUGUGUAUCCAACAAUUGUGACACAGGAUCCUUUCAAGUUCCAGCCAUGUCGAGUUGCUGUGGAAGGGUGCACUUAUGAGGCGGUUGACACCAUAGCAGCCAUAUGCAUCAUAUUUGAACUUUACUGGGUUUUUAAUUUAAAGUAUGCUCCGUUACUUACAAGAACACUGAGCCUUUUUGAACACUACCUUGGACUCGGCAGCAGUAAAAAAAACGGCAUUCUUGUGUCACGAGUAAUCUCUGACCUCGCCGCACUAGAGGCUAAGCAUUAGAGUCAGAGAAUUACUACAGCGGUAGUCUGCGAGAGCCAUUGAUAGAAACUAAUGCAGACAGAAAGACCACAGAGCUUUUUGAUGUCAUUUAUGUUUGUUGAAAGCUUCUGUGUUUGGAGUUCUCAAGCUCUAGUCAAGUGUGUUUAAGCUUUAGUGUGUAAACACCAGGGAAGGUCACUGGGUGGUUACUAGUCAGGUUAAAUAUUCUUUAUUUUAUUGGUAAAGUGUGCAAUCUACAUGUAAUGUCUUAACUAACUUUGGCACAAGCUGUUGCAUGAUGUAUUAAGUCUUUGGUCCCACUAUAAUUCAAGCUGAGUACUCUAGAUUAUUUCUUUUUCCACUACGCUAUUUUUUAAAUGUAGUUUCCUGAGAACGCCCAAUUUUACUAA